GGAUUAGAGCUGGACAAAUCGCCGCUCGAGCGCCACAGCUCGCGGGGCAGUGAGCAGCACGUGCAGUGCUCGAGCGCUGUGUCUAUAGUGCGUGGAUGCUGCUUCUCGGGACAACAUCUUCAAAACACCCCCGGACUAGGCGCCCAGACCCCGUGCUUGGACACCCUGUCUCUGUUCAAACUUUGGCAAAUUCGUAUUUUUGACUUCUUCAAGGACUCUUUAACAACACCACCAAUUCCUUGUCAACCAAACACCAAUUCCUAGUAGAAGAGUCACAUUUCAAGAUGUCUUUCUUCAGGGGAGGAAAAGUGGGAAGUGAGAGAAGAGUGUGAAGAAGCUGCUGAAAUGGUCUUAUUCUUUGCCCUCUUCUUUUGACUUCCAGUUUUCUCGUUCUUCAAUUUCCAAUUCUUGAUUUCCUGUGCGAUAUAUCCAGAUAGAACAAUCCACUUGAUCUUCUCUCUCUGUCAUCGAUUUUGAUCGAUUCUAUUUAGGUAAUAGUAUUUUAAUACUAUUUUUCUUUCUUAAUUUCUGCAAUUUAUCCCAGAUGAUUCAUUUUUACCCUUUUUUUUUUUUGUAAUGAUUUUUAUUCCUCGGUCUUGAUUAUUUAAAUUCUUGAAAUCUCUACCCAAUCGUUUAUACUUCCAGCUCAUUCAUCUGGGAAUGUUCUUUUUAUCCGUUUUGCGAGAAAUAAAUUUGUUCAAUUCUUUAAUAAUCAGAUUGUUUUCAUAAAAAGUAAUUCAUUUCUAUAUUUGGGUUAGAUUAUUUUUUGGAUUUUUUCUGAUAAUGGGUUGCGUAAGUUCGAAGAAAAUAUUAUGUCAGAAUUGCAAGGCGCCGCUGCGGCGGAGCUACUCAAAGCACUUCCGCCACCAGCCAGAGAAAUCAGAUGAUAGCCACCAUAUGGUGGCUUUUUCUUCCUCUACAUUGGGUUCUUUGAUGCUUGACACAUCAAAUCGGAAUCAUCCGUUAAAUCAGAAUCAUUUUAUAGAAGAUGUGAUUCCUAUUGAAACUGGGGGAAUCAAUAAAGAGAAAGUGAUUAAAGAUGUGUUCAAAAUGGAGAUCAUCGAGGCAAAAACUUGGUCGAAAAUGAUUGAUGAGAAAAUCCCAAAGGUGUUGGCUAAAACACCUACAAAAACUCCUCCGGGUGAGCCUGAGAUUAUCAAUGUUUGGGAAUUAAUGGAGGGUCUUGAAGACACUGGCCCUCUAAGGCCUCAUCAUCUUCGUAGUAUCUCUGUCCAAGUUUCGCAUAAUCCACAUUUGUCACGUCUUGAUGAGCAAACUACGCCAAGAUUGAAAGAAAAUGGUGAAGCGUCAUCUAUUACAUUGUGGCCCAAUAUGACUGACAAUGAUUCGAAUUCGAAUUUGAAUUCAAGUACUUCAUCAGUCCAUGUUCCUUGUAAUCCAAUUAUGUCUCAUCUUGCGGAUCAAACAAUGCCAAAAGUGAAAGAAAAUAAUGAAGCAUCAUUCAUUCCAUUAUGGCCCGUUAUGUCUGACAAUGAAUCGAAUUCGAAUUCAAAUUCAAAUUCAGAUGAUGCAUCUAUAACUUCAGAAUUUGGUCCUGAAGUGAUUUCCACUUUCCGAAAAGCAUUCAAGGAUCUUCCCCCGGCUAAUCAUUAUCAUCUCAACUCAUUGGACAGUGACAAGGAGGCAGCAAUGGCCGGAAAGGAUCAGCCUUUGGAGGUAAAAGAUCAUGAGCAAAAAGCGAAUGUCAAUUCCGGGGAGAAUGAGAUUAUUGCAAAAUGGGGUACAGACAAGGUGAUUGUGUAUUAUACAAGCCUAAGAAGUGUGAGAAAGACAUACGAGGAUUGCUGCCAAGUUCGAGUGAUUCUUAAAGGACUUGGUGUCAAGGUUGAUGAGAGGGAUGUAUCAAUGCAUUCAGGAUUCAGGGAGGAGCUGAAAGAGUUAUUGGGGGACGGGUUCCACGGUGGCUUGCCGAGAAUUUUCGUUGGACAGAAAUAUAUUGGCGGGGCAGAGGAAGUCCGGCUAAUGAACGACGAGGGACAGCUCCAAAAGGUGGUGGAAAGCUGUGAACUGGUGGAGGAUGGCAGUAGAGGUGGAAGAAUUGGAGUUUGUGAAGCUUGUGGGGAUAUUAGAUUUGUGCCUUGUGAAUCAUGUUCCGGGAGCUGUAAAAUAUACUACGAGGGUGAUUUUGAGAAAGAAUAUGAUGAAAAUGAGCAAGAAUAUGGCUUUCAUCGAUGUCCUGAUUGCAAUGAAAAUGGACUUGUACGAUGUCCAAUUUGUUGUGAUUAAAUUCAUAUUGCUUGAGCAAGGUUUUCAUUUUCGGUUCUUGGUACCUCUUGAUAGUUGCUUGUUGUACAUAAGUGACUUGUGUGGUGAGGUGAAGUCUACAUUGAAUUAUAUUACCGAGGAUAAAGAAGUUAAAAGCUCAUCUUAUCUAGUACGGUUUGCCAAAUAAGUCCGUAGAGUUUUGAUGGUUUGCGGACAGUCUAUAAUAGUUUUGUAUAAAUUGAAAGAAUUAUUUAGAAAUUAUUUGUAUUCUCUCUAAAUAUGACAGCAAAAUAAUUCAUAAGCAUGUUUAUGAUUCGUUAGUUUGAAA